AUGCGCGUCGAGCUGCCCAUGGGAAGGUCGCGCCGCUUCUGGUACCGCAUGUCCCCGCCCGCCAUGGCCGUGCGCGAGUCCUCCGUGCUCGCGCUCCACUUUGCGCAGAUUUUUAAGGGCUUGCGCCUCGUUAUUGCUAUGGCAGAAGGCGCAGAGCCCGCGCAGAAGGUCGACUGGGCCGCCGUCGUUGACUUGAGUGACGCAUCCCGAGUCGUGCGGGACGCGGAAGUUGUUGUUGUGGUUGGCGCUGGCGCUGGGAGGAGGCGGGAGGUGGAUCAGGUUUUGGAAGCAAGCCGCUUGGCGAGGGCCGUAGUGUUGUUUAAUUGCUUGAUGGAUGCGCCGAUUGAGGACAGGUGGGAGCGCGCGGAGGACGUGUAUGUGUGUCGCGCGAUGGAUAAGUGCGCCGUGCUGCGGGAAGGGGCCGGCGCGCCAUGGUCUGUUUUUGUGGAAAUUGCUGUGUUUGAGUAUGAGUGGGUCGGCGAUCGGAGGGAGGAGGCCGGCUGGGUCCCGGCGCAAGGGAACGUGGAAAGGUAUGUAGCGAGUAGGGGGGCGAGUAAGAAAGUGAAGGGUUACUGGAGUACGGCAUUUUCGGGAUGCGAGGGAGGCUUUUGGCCGUUUAUGACUAUAGCUAUGACGGAAACUUUGCCGAUUGAUGGUAGGGCUAUGGAGGAGGAAAGGCAGGAGAAGGCCGAGAAAAAGAACAAGAAGGCGGGGAGGCCGUUCGGUUUCUUCUGA